AUCGGUGACGUCACGAGUUCGCCUAUCCCACUGUCGCACAAUAAAGGUUAUGUGAGGUUAUGUCUAUUUUGUUAUUUUAAUAAUAAUACAAUAUCAAUAACAAUGCAAAGAGCAUCGCGACAAGAAAUUUCUUCAUAUUUUAACACGCUUGCAUGUGUUGUAAAAGGUCUUGAGGGUCACUAUACUAUAAUUGAUUUGAGGGGUGAAUCUUGUGUUAGCGGAAAAAUUAUCCAUGUUGACGGAUUUAUGAAUAUUGAUAUGAAAGAUUGUGUUUAUUAUAAUUCUAGGGGAGAUGCAUAUCCCUUUGAAACAUUUUUUGUUAAGAAAAGGAAUAUAAUCUACGUUCAUAUACCCAAAGGAUUAUCCGCGAGAGAUUUGGCGGAGAAACAAUUAAACCAACUCACUUUUAAGAAACCUCAUUCAAAUCAACGAGAAAAACCAACGUUUAAAAAGAAGAGAGCCGAAAAAUACCAAAAAGAAAUUGUUCAAGAAAUCGCUUCAACUUCAAAAUCUUAAUUUUAAGGUGUAAAAAAAUAAAUAAAUAAAAUAAAGUUUUAAAUCAUGAA